CCCUGGCUCAAAUUGCGACAAGCAUUAAUGUGUUUACAACGUUUAAAAUAAAAAAAUAAUAGUUUAUAGCUCUAUGUACAAUGUCACAGGCACAAUCGAAUAAUGAUGCACGUGUGCCGGACGAGGAGAGUGAUCUGUUGCAGAUCAAGCCACUCGGUGCCGGUCAGGAAGUGGGACGCUCAUGUAUCAUGCUGGAAUUCAAAGGCAAGAAGAUAAUGCUGGAUUGUGGCAUACAUCCGGGUUUGUCUGGCAUGGAUGCGCUGCCCUAUGUGGAUUUAAUAGAAGCCGAUGAAAUCGAUUUGUUAUUUAUAACACAUUUUCAUUUGGACCACUGUGGCGCCUUGCCUUGGUUUCUGAUGAAGACUAGUUUUCGCGGGCGUUGCUUUAUGACACAUGCUACCAAAGCUAUAUAUCGCUGGAUGUUGUCGGAUUACAUUAAAAUCAGCAAUAUAUCAACAGAGCAAAUGUUGUACACGGAAGCGGACCUCGAAGCCUCCAUGGAAAAGAUAGAGACAAUUAAUUUCCAUGAGGAGCGCGAUGUUAUGGGCGUGCGCUUUUGCGCCUACAAUGCUGGACACGUGCUGGGUGCUGCCAUGUUUAUGAUAGAAAUUGCAGGCAUUAAAAUAUUGUACACAGGCGACUUCUCACGCCAAGAGGAUAGACAUUUAAUGGCAGCCGAGGUACCGCCCAAAAAACCCGAUGUACUUAUCACCGAGUCUACCUACGGCACACACAUUCAUGAAAAGCGCGAGGAUCGUGAGACUCGUUUUACAUCUCUAGUUCAAAAGAUUGUUAUGCAGGGCGGGCGUGUGCUCAUACCCGUGUUCGCGUUGGGCCGUGCCCAGGAGCUUUUACUUAUACUGGAUGAGUUCUGGUCACAGAAUCCUGAUCUGCAUGAAAUACCCAUCUACUAUGCUUCCUCGUUGGCCAAGAAGUGCAUGGCUGUCUAUCAGACCUACAUUAAUGCCAUGAAUGAUCGCAUUAGACGCCAGAUUGCAGUCAAUAAUCCUUUUGUGUUUCGUCAUAUAUCCAAUUUGAAGGGCAUUGAUCACUUUGAUGAUAUCGGUCCUUGCGUCAUUAUGGCUUCACCUGGUAUGCUGCAGUCGGGAUUGUCGCGUGAGCUGUUCGAAAGCUGGUGCACAGAUCCUAAGAACGGCGUCAUUAUAGCUGGUUAUUGUGUUGAGGGUACCUUGGCUAAAACUAUCUUAUCUGAGCCGGAGGAGAUUACAACGCUCUCGGGACAAAAGCUACCCCUUAACAUGUCCGUAGACUAUAUAUCCUUCUCAGCGCAUACGGAUUACCAGCAGACCAGCGAAUUUAUACGCAUGCUGCGGCCCAAUCAUGUGGUGCUUGUGCAUGGCGAACAGAACGAAAUGUCGCGUCUGAAGCUGGCGCUGCAGCGUGAAUAUGAAGCGGACGCCAGCACCGAUAUUAAAUUCUAUAAUCCACGUAAUACACACGCAGUGGAUCUCUAUUUUCGUGGUGAGAAAACGGCAAAGGUAAUGGGCAAUCUGGCGGCCAAGAAACCAGAAGUGGGCGGUAAGCUCUCUGGUGUGCUGGUCAAGCGCGACUUUAAGUAUCAUUUGCUGGCGCCUUCGGAUCUAGGCAAAUACACGGACAUGAGCAUGUCGGUGGUAACGCAACGUCAGUCCAUACCCUGGACCAGCUCGUUGGCAACAUUGCAGCUGCUUUUGGAUCGUAUUGGCGCUGGCUGCGUUGAGGUUGUGGAUCCGGAGCGCAAGCUACGCGUCUUCAACUGCGUAGAGCUUACAGUGGAGCAAAAAAUUAUCGUCAUGGAAUGGCAGGCAACGCAUGUUAAUGAUGUCUAUGCUGAUGCUGUCUUGGCGUGUCUCAUGCAAUCCGAGCUGGGCGGCACUAAUAUCAAGGGCGCUGCCAAGCAAACCAAGUCGGAGGAGUCACGCUUUCGCGAAUGCCUCAUGGAGACGCUGCAAGAUACCUUUGGCGAGAGCUGUGUGCCCAAGCUGUUCAAGGGUGAUGUCCUGCCCGUGACUGUUAGUGGCAAGCAUGCCGAAAUCAAUCUUGAAACUCUGGCUGUCGUUUGCUCUGAGGAUGAGGCACUGCGUCAAAUGCUUAACACUACUGUACAAAAGUUGCAUCAGAUCUUGGUAUCAACCUAUUAAAUAAAUAUAAAUUCCAAU